CCGGGGCUCAGUCUGGAGACGAGCCCGGCCAACGCGCGCCCGCGGCAGGCGGGCAGGGACAUGGACUGCUACUUGCGCCGCCUCAAGCAGGAGCUGAUGUCCAUGAAGGAGGUGGGCGAUGGCCUGCAGGAUCAGAUGAACUGCAUGAUGGGGGCCCUGCAGGAACUGAAGCUCCUGCAGGUACAGACUGCACUGGAACAGCUAGAGAUCUCUGGAGGGGGUCCUGCCCCUGGACACAGCCCUGAAGGCCCCCGGACACAGCCCCAGACCCCUGGAUGGGAGGGCGGCGGAGAUGCAGCCAGGCCCCCCUCCAGGCAGUCUUCCCUGGGCAGCAGCAGCAAGUCUGAGCCCCACAGGAGCGUCUGUGGGAAGGGUCUGACCCCUCUGCCCAGGACGCAGCUGCGGGAGCUGGGAGGCUGUGCCCAGCAGGGGCCAGAGCCCGCGGAACCGGAUGACUGGACCUCCACGUUGAUGUCCAGGGGCCGGAACCGACAGCCUCUGGUGUUAGGUGACAACAUUUUUGCGGACCUGGUGGGCAACUGGCUGGACUUGCCAGAACUGGAGAAGGGUGGGGAGAAGGGGGACUCUGGGGUGGCAGGUGGGCCCAAAGGAGAGCGGAAUCACCCCCGGGAGCUGGGCCGCAGGUUCGCCCUGACAGCCAACAUCUUCCGCAAGUUCCUGCGCAGCGUGCGGCCGGACCGCGACAGGCUGCUCAAGGAGAAGCCGGGCUGGGUGACACCCACGGCCCCGGAGCCCCGAGCCCGGCGCCCGCAGAAGGUCAAGAAGCGGAGUCAAUCCAAGGGUCCUGGACAUUUCCCCUUCUCAGGCGCUGCAGAGUCCAGCCGGGGGGAGAGUCAUCCCACAAGUUGCCCCAAGGCCCUGGAAGCCUCCCCCUCUGGCUUUGAUAUUAACACGGCCGUUUGGGUCUGAAUCUUAGCAACAGAAAUUUGCUGAACCCCGAGAAGGCCAGUCCCGAAGCUGGGCCCCUGGGAAGGAUGGAGGGCAGGCGGAAUGGUGCUUAAAAGCCAAACUCCAAAUUCCUUUCCCCCAGAAAGGAGGUGUCUGGAGCAGGAGGGCAGGCUGCUUUGGGUGGGUGGGGGUGUGUGUGUGUGUGUGUGUGUGUAUGUAUGUGUGAGUUAUGUUGUACUUUGGGGCUGGAGGUGACAGGGGAGGGGCAGAAGACCAAGAAGUCCUUGUGGCAUUUUUUCACCGCCCCCCACAGACCUCAGUUCAACAUUAUGGAAUAGGACACUGCCACCAGGUUCCCCCAGAAGAGACCCCCCAAUAAACACCUCGUCUCGUGUCCCCAACCUUUUCACUGCCUCCUGGCAAGGAGCACAGCAGGCACGCACCGCCCGGGAGUCCCAGCAGCACAGGCCAGUCCCGAGCCUCACCCCUGCAGCGCCCGGGAGAGCGCAGCGCCCAGGAGGACCUGCGGAAUGGCCUGGGCGGGGCGGUCUGGAAGGAGCGCUUGGGGGAAGAGGCCUGUGCAGCAGUUUUCAUAGCCAUUAUGUCAUCUGCAAGAGGGCAGGUGAGGCGGGGAUUAUCUGGGCUUUCCAGGCGAGAGGCAAGCCUAGAUACGCCACCUGCUACCUGUCGGGGAGCACGGGGCUGGCGGCAGGCCGAGCGCUCCCUCCCUGCAGCGCGCGCCUCGCCGGCCUCUGGAUCUGGGGCCCCAACCCCUGCUCGCUCGCUCGCGCCGCUGGGCUCACGUCUACUUCUCCAUUUGCGCCCCGCGACUUCUGCGUCCCCCAAUCCCGG